AUGCAGAUGCUUGCCCUCUUCGGCCUCUUGGGCGUGGCCAAUGCGGCCUGUCCGUACAUGACUGGUGAUACGUCUGCUCUGGAGCGUCGUGACAGUGGCGAUGCCACUUCCGAUACUGAGGAGUUCUUGUCCCAAUUCUACCUCAAUGAUCAAGACGUGUUCAUGACCUCCGACGUCGGUGGCCCAAUUGAAGAUCAGAACAGUUUGAGUGCUGGUGAGCGUGGCCCGACACUGCUUGAGGAUUUCAUUUUCCGUCAGAAGAUUCAGCGGUUUGAUCAUGAGCGGGUAUGUUCAUCUGAAAGUACUUCACCAUAUCCUCGAUCUCGGUUUAUUGAUGCAAUGUCGUCUAGGUCCCCGAACGUGCCGUUCACGCCCGUGGCGCCGGUGCCCACGGAGUCUUCACAUCCUACGGCGACUGGUCCAACAUCACCGCAGCCUCCUUCCUCUCCGCCGAGGGCAAGGAAACCCCCCAUGUUUGUCCGAAUCUCUACCGUCGCCGGCAGCCGCGGCAGUGCAGACACAGCCCGUGAUGUACACGGGUUCGCGACUCGAUUCUAUACAGAUGAAGGAAAUUUCGAUAUCGUCGGCAACAACAUUCCCGUAUUCUUCAUCCAAGACGCUAUUCUCUUCCCGGACCUGAUCCACGCCGUGAAGCCCCGUGGUGAUAAUGAGAUCCCCCAGGCUGCCACUGCCCAUGACUCGGCCUGGGACUUUUUCAGUCAACAGCCCAGCUCCCUGCAUACUCUGAUGUGGGCAAUGGCCGGACAUGGGAUUCCGAGAUCAGUCCGCCAUGUGGACGGCUUUGGAGUGCACACCUAUCGCUUCGUCACUAACAAUGGCACUUCGAAGCUUGUCAAGUUCCACUGGAAAACUUUGCAAGGCAAGGCUAGUCUUGUGUGGGAAGAGGCGCAGCAGACCGCUGGCAAGAAUGCGGAUUUCCUUCGUCAAGAUCUGUUUGACUCGAUUGAAGCUGGCCGGUUCCCCGAGUGGGAGCUCGGUGUUCAAAUCAUGGAAGAAGAUGACCAACUACGCUUCGGCUUCGAUCUUCUCGACCCAACCAAGAUCGUCCCCGAAGAACUAGUUCCCAUCACCCCUAUCGGCAAGAUGCAACUUAACCGUAACCCCCGAAACUACUUUGCGGAAACCGAACAAGUCAUGUUCCAACCAGGACCAAACUUCGAACAACUCCCCAUCAACCGACCCCGCGUCCCAAUCCACAACAACAACCGUGACGGUUCCGGACAAAUGUUCAUCCCCUUGAACAAGGACGCCUAUACCCCCAACACAGGAAACGCCGGCUCCCCGAAACAAGCCAAUCAAACCGUCGGAAACGGCUUCUUCACCACCCCCAGCCGAAGCACAAGUGGAAGACUCGUGCGAAGCGUCAGCUCAACAUUCGCCGAUGCGUGGUCUCAGCCGCGAUUAUUCUGGAAUUCGCUCGUUCCCGCCGAACAGCAAUUCGUCGUCGACGCAAUGAGAUUCGAGAAUUCGAACGUGGUUUCUCAGGUCGUGAGAGAGAACGUGAUUAUCCAGUUGAAUCGAAUCAGUAAUGAUCUUGCGAAACGUGUCGCCGAGGCCAUUGGGGUUGAUGCUCCGUCUCCGGACCCGACUUACUAUCAUGAUAACACAACUGCGCAUAUUGGUGCGUUCGGACAGAAGUUGUUGAAGCUGGACGGGUUGAAGGUCGGUAUUCUGGCUUCGGUUUCGAAUACUAGUUCUAUUGCGUAUGGAAGUCAGCUUCAGAGUCUGCUUUCCUCGGCGGGCGUUGAUGUUGUUGUUGUGGGUGAGCGGAUGGCGAAUGGUGUGAAUCAGACGUAUUCGGCCUCGGAUGCGACUAAUUUCGAUGCGGUGGUCAUUGCCGAUGGAGCGCAAGGAUUGUUUGGCUCGAGCUCUGAGGGGCAGACCGUGUUGAGCGCGGCGAAGAUUUCUACGAAGAGGGAAGGAGUUUAUGUUGCGAAUUCGGUUGGUGGUGGAUUUGGUGACGAUUUGAAGGAAGGAUUGCGGACCUUCAAGUUCUUGGAUCGCUUUGCGCUUGAUGCGUAG